AUGGCAAUCUCCGCCUCCGUAAUCCAAGUCAUCGGCCUAAUCCCGCCUUACUUCGAGCUCGCCAAGCGCAACGGCCGCGUCAUUGGCAUCGACUUCUGGUUCCUCACCAUCGACUACCUCGGCGCCUUCUUCUCCCUCAUGGCCGUCGUCGCGCAGCAAUGGUUCGAUGCUCUCGGUGCCAGUCUAUACAUCGCCUGCAUGGUCCUCGAGACGGGCAUCUUUGCAAGCCAAGCGGUCUGGCUAUGGCGUGUCAGACAUGUGCGCAAGGAAGCUAAGAAGGCGGGCAAGACGUACGACGAAUACGUUGCUGAGAACAGCGGCAAGAAGUUGCCGAGGUGUGGGAGUGAGGAGACGUUUGUUGAUGUUGAGACGGGGUGUGAGAAGAAGACGACCAUUGGAGGUGGAGAGUAUGAUGCUGGUACAGCUGAGAAGGCGACCGGGAAACCAUCCACAACCCAAGAGGAACGCAUUGAUGCCACCGAGGCGACUGCGACUCCCGCAUCGACAUCGACAACCACAUUGACGCCCAUAUUCACCUCGAUGACAACAGCGCCAUCACCCGACACACUUCAGGCUCCCCCUGCUGCCGUCCUGAAGAACGAUACGUCCGGUUGA